AUGAUUACUACAAGAUAUCAACUAUUACUUGUACUUGUAUUUACUUUUGCACUUGUACAUGUAUCAUACUCUCAAGAGUGUAGAUUCUCAAAACUAUACACACAACAAAGUUUAUUAGAUGAUGCUCAAGAUAGAGUAGACUUUUUAAACAAUGUAUUACAUUGGGAAGGAAAUUUUUGUAAAGAUGGAGCUGGUUUAAAUGCUUUAACUGGUUAUACAUAUGAUGGAAGAACGAUAGAUUAUACGACUGGACAACUUACAAGUCCGUUACACAACUUUAGUGCACCGUCAAAAGAGAGUAUUCACUUGGGUAUGGCAGCAUUGGCAGUGAUGGGUAUCAAUUCAUAUGGUAACAAUCCAUUGGAUUUCUUCCAUGUUCAAGUGAAUCAGAGUGAACAGGAAAAGACAUUGUUCCCAGAAUCGUUGCUCGGUGCCAAUACUACCAACCUCUUUACCAUCCUCUACAGAAAGAUACAGACCUAUGAAACAUUCAAUGCGCAGUACCCCGGUUACGGAGGGUUCUUCCCAUGGGUGACUGUCAGUGACGCGGGUAUCUGGCCCAUCGAAGGGUAUUGGAGCGAACGUGUACCAGGUCUCGACAAUGGUGAGAUGAUUUGGGGUAUGAUGGGUCUGAUCAGUGCACUCAAUCAUACCGCCGCAGGAUCAUCGUAUCCAGCAGCCUACCAGCUACUCGCCACUAGAUACCAGGCCUACAUGAACCUGUUAAAGGCAAAUGCCAAGGCUGUAUUUUAUAACGAGCCAGGGUACAUCUCGGCCGUCGUACAUAUUGGCAACACAUCGGCACAACCAACCACCGACAACUACAAGAAUGACUGUGACUGUUAUUUAGACGACCCAUAUGAAGGUGAGUUACUCACUGUGUUUAUGGAUCUGUACAGUCAAUGGGACAGUAUUUCAGAACGUGACCAACUUUGGAUCAACAAGCGUAACCUUCUUCAAAACGCAACUUUCUCAACUCCAAGUGGAGAUAUUACAGUGCAACGUGGAUGGUGGUUUAGCUCACACGAGCAAUGGAAAUACUUGAUGCUGCCAUACCUCGACGUUCCAAUUAACCGAAUGGUCUUUGAAAAUGGAGAGAGGGCACGUACUUGGUUCUCGCAUCUCAAACAAUACCCAGGCAUGUUUGCAUCGGUCAACAACGUCACCAAGUUCCCAUCACUCUAUCCCAACUACAUGUCGGCUGCCGGCAUCCAAGAAAUAUCUUUUGAAUCGAUCGAAUGCAACGAUGUCGUCACUCCAUACGGUUCAUUCCCUUUGUUUUUAGUAGAAGAUUUGGAACUCGUCGGUGGUAUUGCCUGGUACUAUAACAUGAUCAGCGGACCUGCCAUGCAAAAUCAAUAUGGUUCAACUGAGAGCAUAAGUAAUCAAGGUGAUGAAAUUGCUCCAAUCUUAACUUGGGAUUCUAAAAUUACCACAGUUCUUGCAAUGAUGGGAGGUUUAAGUAAUUUAAAUCGUCAAGUUAUGAGUGCCGAUGGUACAUUGGUUAGAUUCCUUCAGGUUAUUCAACGUGAAUGGUCACUUAAAUUCCCUGAACCUCUCCAAGGUACUGACUUGCCAUUCAUGUAUCCAUCUACCCAAAUUCCACAUAUCCUUAAUGAUUUUACAACUUCAAAUCAAUCAAUCACAAAUAAUAAUCGUAGUAAAUCACACAACAACAUUAUAAUCGAUUAUCUAUCUAUCUCCUAUUUCCUUUUUCCUUUUUUCCACUUCACUUCACUUGGUUCUUUUUCACCAUUCAUUCAAAGAUUGAUUCAAUUCACAACAAGAGCCAUUCAUCCAAUCUAG